AUGAGCAAACAGUGGUAUUGGGAGGGUUUGUUGAAAAAGCAACAAAUUCUCAGGUGCAUUUUAAGAUGGUUUCCCUUCACUGUCUUGCAGCACUUACGGAAGCUAAAUAAUUUCAACUCGUAUUUGGCAAUAUUAUCUGCCUUGGAUUCGGCUCCAAUCCGAAGACUGGAAUGGCAGAAAACAACCUCAGAGGUGAGUUGAACUGUGUUGUCUAAUAGAUGUCCAUAGAUUGCUCUGAAACAUUAGUUUAAUGUUUAUCUUUCCUUCACAGCACUUACUCUAAGAUGAGAAAUCUACACAUUUUGGUGUUGUGUUUGAGGUUAACAAGGAUGGGUGUCACUGUUCUGUUCUGUUUACAGGGCCUAGAGGAAUACUGCACGUUAAUAGAUAGUUCCUCCUCGUUCAGGGCCUACCGAGCGGCACUGGCAGACGUGGAACCCCCAUGUAUACCAUAUCUGUAAGUCAAACUGCUGGGUUGCAAGGUGUACGCACUUUGUUGUCACAAAUGACACAAAUGUAUUUGCAGGUCUCCAAAAUGUAUUGCUUACUGUGUAUUUCUUGUCUUUAUUGUACUGACUGUUUUUGUUUUUGUUUUUUGUACACGACACACAGGGGUCUUAUCCUCCAGGACUUGACCUUUGUCCAUCUGGGCAACCCUGACCUCAUCAAUGGGAAGGUCAACUUCUCAAAGCGCUGGCAGCAGUUCAAUAUCCUGGACAGCAUGAGGCGCUUCCAGCAAGUGUACGUAUAUAGUGGCCAAAAGAUCUGGGAUAACUAUAUUUUUAAAUAUUCCUUGUGGAAAGUAACUAUUUUUCCAGGGGAACAAAUAUUUACUUUGGAGGUGACUACACCUAUUUGAAUACGUCCCAAAAAAAGUACUACUUUUUAAAACUAUUUGAAUACAGAUCUCAGAAAGUGACUACUUUUCAAAACUAUUUGAAUACAGAUCUCAGAAAGUAACUACUUUUUAAAACAAUUUGAAUACAGAUCUCAGGAAGUGACUACUUUUCUGAAACUGUUGGAUUGGCUGCCUUCAACUAAUGGCAGGGCUGUAUCUGGAACUGCAUGUUAAAGAUAGAAAUAUAAUUAAUAGAGGACACAAUCUCCUAUACUACUCCAAUCUAUCUUGAUCUACACAAUACAUUUCUAUCUUAAAGUAAUUCAAAGCCAUUUGCAAACAUUGCAAACAGCAAGUUGGAUGCUUAGCAAAAACAAGUUUGAACCUCUUUGUCCAUCUGAGGGUAAGUGUUCUUGUUUCAAACACACACUAUACCAUCUUUAAAGGGAUUUUCCAUCUACCUUGGCUAUAGUUGAUUCAAUAAGGCAGUUUUGGGAUAUUUUGUUUCCUUUCGACACUUAAUAGCCCUAUUUUGUUACAGUUAGCAUUCUCAGUAACACUUAACAUUAAACUGUUCUUGUCCCUGUGUAAUAAAACUGUAAUUACUUUUGGAGCAAAAUUGUAUUAACAUGUUACAUAAUACUUUGUUAAUUGCAUUUUAAUUACAUAGCAAUGAGCUGAGUUUUUGUAACUUCUGUACACAGGAAUAUUGACUGUUCCUUAUUCCACGUAUGUAAUAACUCACUUAUUAUGCAAUUAUAAAGCAAUUUCCAAAGUCCUAUGUAAUAACAAUGUUGCUAUUGUAAUAAUCACAAAGUUACUACACAUUUAGAACUUGAUGAUCUUAUAUUUAGGCUAAUUCAACUGUUGUAGUUUUUUGUUCAUCAAAUAUUUGGCAGCCAUCAAAUAUUUUAGUUGUUGUUUUCAAAUAACUUGCAUAUUUUCAAAUACCUUCAAAUAUUAUUUGGUUUUCUGAGAGGUAUUCAAAAUACUUUCAAAUAUUAUUUGUUUUUCUGAGACCUGUAUUUAUUUUAAAAUCAAAGAAAAUAGUUGCCUUUUAGUUGAAACUAUAUGAACUAUAUUUGACUACCUUAAGUUGGUAUUUUCAAAUAAACUAUCAAAUACAACUAUUUUCUGCCCAUGUCUGGUGGCCAAUCUGGCCGUCGCUCUCAUACAGCUUUAUGUUCAACGCACAUUUCUUUCUCCCCCAAAAAAUUAAUUGGAAUUUUAGGAUAUUUUCCUUGGACUUUUCCCACCUUUGCAAUGUUUUAGAUGGUGUUUUCCCUCUCUCCCAGGCAUUAUGAUCUGAAACACAACGACGACAUCGUCUCCUUCUUCAAUGAUUUCAGCGACCACCUGGCAGAGGAGGCUCUGUGGGAGCUGUCUCUGAAGAUCAAACCUCGGAACAUUACGCGGCGCAAAACAGAACGCGAAGAGAAGACAUAG